UCACGUGAUCUCUAGGAUCAGACUAUAUGUCCGAGCUUGCUGAGGGCGGGGAGACCACAUGAGGCGAUUACCAUACAAAUUUGUAUACAAAUCGCCUUGCUUUUUGAUGAGGCCUAAGCUCAUGUGGACAGGUUGACUGUUACCUUGUAACAUAGAUAAAUCUCGCGUACAGUAAGGUUAUAGUGUCGGCAAGCCGACAAUAAUGCUUGCUAUAUGUUCUCUUGUAUGACGCCUCAUCUUUCUAUUCAUAUAGCCAUUUAUUUUUCUUCAAAGUGUAUGUUCUGCAUCGAUGACUCAAUUGCAUCAAUAUGUUAUUCACCGUCACCAAGUCAUACAACAACGUCUUCAUUGAGCAAACAUUGAACAUCCAUCAUCAUUAGAAUCUCACACAGUUUUUUCAUUAUCUUACAACAACGCAUUCACGAAAAGAAGUAAUAUUUCCAAUAAAACUAAGUUCUUGUAAUUAAGUGAUAUUACCCGGAUGGUCAGCCAUCUGCUUACAUUCAUAGUUACUGUCAAUCUUGCCAACAUGCAUUUGCGCCUUCUCAUUGUUUGCCUCGCCAUGUUUCGAAAAGUCGUCGCUGUUCCAGUCACUUCUCCUUUGACCUUCGGGAGACCCCAGUGCUAUGAAGAUUCUUCCAAAGUUCUUAAGCCUGAUAUGACUUGCGAUCAACUAAAAGAGAAUACCUGCUUCUACUCCGUUCGAACCCUGAGGGAUCCCGAGUCAGCAACCACCACAAUCACAGACUGGAAUUGUGUUUCAUAUGGCUCAGACCAUUUUGUGUUCAACAGGACAAAGGGCCUGUUUGGCAGUGACGCUGUUCCUGUGGAGGUUAAAGGCCGUGUUUGGCUUGUGUCAAACUUCAUCCGUUUGGAUGCACCACAGUCGGUCAUUAGUAUUAGUGGUUGGUACACUGGUCCUUGUAGGUUUCCACUGCUUAAAUGUCAGGGCAAGAAGUAUCCAGUGUAUUUGGAGGAAGAUAUCGGCGACACUGUCUUGGGCGCUAUAGGGAUCAACGGUCCCGACAACUAUUUUUAUCAGAUUGAGAUACCGUGCUGAUACUAGGCUUACUUGUGCUCAUUGGCAGGAGCUGUAGGAUUAUCCAUGAGGGAUCAACUAGCCAUGUCUUCGGUAGUUGGACAUAUAUCGUACAUGAAUUUAGAAGAAUCUAAUCGUUGAUGUUUAAUUACACUCGCCGUGGUUUGAAUCGUCUUGGUGAAAAAUUAAAAUGUAUGCAUUCACCUUCGGUACACUCAAGUAUUCAUUAGCUACGUUGAGUUCGCGAUAGUACCUUGCUAAGCACUACAUAUUUUCUGACUGAAAUUUGAUACAUCACCUCUUGUUUCCCUCAUAUACUCUAUGUACCUGACAUAUCGCGAGUCAACAAUUACUCCAGUGUCUAACAUAGUGAUUCACUGU